UUGAAGAUUUUUGGACACACUGAUGAGAAGGAAAUCGAUGACAUCAUCUACGUCAACUGGUUGUUGUUGGUUUGGGGUGGAGUUGGAGUGGCCAUGGAGCUGUACAACCCAACUCAGAAGACCUGGCUGCAGGCUCAUUACCAGGCACGGUUCGUGAUCAUGAAAGUGCUGUUGGAAGCGGGAGAGGGUCUGGUCAGUGUAACGGAAACCGAGCCGGGCAAAAACUUGCUACUGAAGUUCGAUCGCAGCAAAAUUGAAACCGUUGGCAAGGAAGCUAUCAAGCAGUUCUUGCUCAAGUUGCAGUAUUACAAAUCGACCGGGGACUUUGUCGGGGCCAGUAAGAUGUACAACCACUACUCGGAGGUGAGCGAGGACGGCCCGUUCCCGUGGGCCAAGUGGCGGGACAUCGUGCUGUUGCACAAGAAACCACGGUUGAUUUUCGUGCAAUCGAACACGCAGCUGGACGAGAACGGCGCCGUGCAGCUGAAGAAGUACGAGUCCAAUUUCGAGGGCUACAUCAAGUCGUGGACCGACCGUUUCCCGGAAACCGGCAUCGAUCAGGUCCUGGAACGAAUCCACGAACAAGAUAAGCAGUAUUUUCAGGGAUUGUACUAGAUGAGGAGGACUGUCCCACGGGAAGAUUUAACUGCAAUUUCGUAUGAAUAAACUUAUAUGCAACAGUUUCUAUAGAAA